AGAGCGAGGGAGAGACUGGUGCACUUUCCCAAACUGACUCAGAGGAGGAAAAGAAAGGAGCGACGACAUUUCCAUUUUGCGUCUCCUGCCGUCACCUGGAGGCUCCGCGGCUGCAGGAGGAGAAGUGAGAGGCAGGAGCGAGGCAGCGAGAGAGACGUCAGGACACGCGGCGUGCGCUUUGUGAAGCUCCUCCAGAGAAGAGGGGAGCGAGGGGAGGCAGAGAGGAGGUGUGAUGUUAUUUUCCCCUCGGCAGCGGGGAGAGUCGGUGUCCAUGCUGCCUGGAGGGAGCCUGCGUGCCUUCUGGGAACAUUAACUCUUCCAUUCAGGCGAAGCUGGAGUACUCACACACACAAGGUUCUCCCAUGCCAUCCCCCUUCUGCCCAUCAUCUGUCAUUGACCAAUCACAUCCGCAAACAGGCAGUCCACAGGACAACCUGUUAUUAGGCGACACGAUUGAGCCAGACUCAGAGGAAGAGGAGGAGGAACAAGAGGAAGAGGAGUAUGCAGCCCAGUUGUACUCAUCUGUCACACAUGAGCAACAAGCCAAUCAUCACGGCUCCACCCUGCCUCCUGUGCCACCCCCUCACCGCCAGCAGGCCUCGGUGACAGCUCUCAACCAAUCUCUGAGCUCGACGCACCACGCUGGACAGUCCUUGAAUUCAACGCGGCAGCUUAACCCACCUACUGGAAGCUCGGCCCCCGUGGCCGGCCAAUCACCAGCCGAGCUGCAGACCACGCCCCCCGAGAGUGUCCCGCUGCAAGACAGCUGGGUGCUGGGUAGCAAUGUGCCUCUGGAAACAAGGCACUUCCUUUUCAAGACAGGUACAGGCACCACCCCCCUCUUCUCCACCGCUACUCCUGGCUACACUAUGGCUACAGGCUCAGUGUACUCUCCACCUACCAGGCCGUUGCCGAGGAAUACGCUGUCCCGCUCCGCCUUCAAGUUCAAGAAAACCUCAAAGUACUGCUCAUGGAGGUGUACAGCACUCAGUGCGGUAGGACUAUCUGCCCUGCUCUCUGUCCUGCUCUGCUACUGCAUAGCUAUGCACCUGUUUGGUCUAAACUGGCAGCUUCAAGAGAGUGAGGUAUAUGGAGCAUUUGAAAAUGGAGGAGGUGGAAGAGAUACAACCCCUAACACCUUUAUGGUGUCCACAGACAAUGGUAAAAUGUUUCCUCUAGAGAACAACACCAUAGACACAGGAGAGGUGGAUGUGGGUAGACGAGCCAUACAAGACGUCCCACAAGGAGUGUUUUGGAGGUCCCAACUAUAUAUUGACCAACCACAGUUCUUAAAAUUCAACAUCUCCGUCCAGAAAGAUGCUCUUGUUGGGGUGUAUGGACGUAAAGGCCUACCGCCCUCACACACGCAGUAUGACUUUGUAGAGCUACUGGAUGGUAGUCGUCUCAUUUCCAAAGACAAACGAGCGCUCAGUGACAUGGAUGCAGGAAAUUCAUAUCCAGCUGGUGCGCACGAGGAGGAGUCUGGCACCCGUCACAUACGGUCCGUGAAUGUACACGAGGCUGGUUUCAUUCAGUAUCUGGACUCGGGAGUCUGGCAUUUGGCCUUUUACAACGAUGGACGCAAUACAGAACAAAUCAUUUACAAUACCAUCAUCAUAGAGUCAAUUAUGGAGUGUCCGCAGAAUUGUCAUGGAAACGGAGAUUGUCUCUCAGGAACAUGUCACUGCUUCCCAGGAUUUCUUGGGCCUGACUGCUCUAGAGCUGCCUGUCCAGUACUGUGCAGUGGUAAUGGCCAGUACUCCCGUGGACGCUGCCAGUGCUACAGUGGAUGGAAAGGGACUGAGUGUGACGUGCCAGCCAACCAAUGCAUUGACAUCCAUUGUGGGGGGCAUGGCAUCUGUAUUAUAGGUGCCUGCAUCUGCAAUACUGGAUAUAAAGGCGACAACUGUGAGGAAGUGGACUGCAUAGACCCAAGCUGUUCAGCCCACGGGGUGUGUAUCCAUGGUGAGUGUCACUGUCAGCCAGGCUGGGGCGGAGCCAGCUGUGAGAUUGCCAAGGCCAUGUGCCCGGACCAGUGUUCAGGUCAUGGAACCCACAACACAGAGACCAGCAGUUGUACCUGUGACCAGAACUGGACUGGACCCGACUGCUCUUUAGAGGUGUGUGAAGUGGACUGUGGCAGUCAUGGAGUCUGUUUUGGUGGUGUGUGUCGGUGUGAGGAGGGCUGGACAGGGACUGUGUGUGACCAGAAGGCCUGCCACCCAAUGUGCAGCAAGAACGGAGUGUGUAAGGAGGGGAAGUGUGAGUGUGACCAGGGAUGGACAGGGGAGCACUGCAAUAUUGCUCACAAUCCGGACAUUAGAGUCAAAGGAUACAAAGAGGGUUGCCCAGGACUCUGCAACAACAACGGACGAUGCACUCUUGAGGCCAGCGGCUGGCACUGCAUCUGCCAAUCAGGAUGGCGGGGAGACGGAUGUCAUGUAGCCAUGGAAACACUCUGUACUGAUGGCAAGGACAAUGAAGGAGAUGGCUUGGUUGAUUGUAUGGAUCCAGACUGCUGUUUGCAGCCAUCUUGUCAAACCCAGCUAUACUGCAACGGGUCACCGGACCCAGGAGAGGUGCUCAGUCUGUCUCCGUCAUCUUUGGCUCCUCAGCAGGCUGCGAGGUCUUUCUACCAGCGCAUUCACUUUCUAGUGGGUCCUGAAUCCACCCAUGUAAUCACCGGAGACAGUCCAUUCAAUAGAAGCUUGGUGUCAGUUAUUCGAGGUCAGGUGUUGACAGCUGAUGGAACACCUCUGAUUGGAGUCAAUGUGACGUUUGUCCACUAUCCUGAACAUGGAUUCACUGUAACUCGCAAGGAUGGCAUGUUCGAUCUCCUGGCUAAUGGUGGGGCGUCUCUGACACUGAGUUUUGAGCGUGCUCCAUACAUCACUCAGUACAGAACGGUGUGGGUGCCAUGGAACGUCUUCUAUGUGAUGGACACACUUGUCAUGAAAAAGGAGGAGAAUGACAUUCCCAGCUGUGACUUGAGUGGUUUCAUCAGGCCCAGUCCUGUCAUUGUUGCCUCUCCUCUGUCUACAUUUUACAGGAGUUCACCCGAGGAUGGCCCCAUCGUACCUGAAACACAGGUUUUACAUGAAGAAACCUCGAUACCAGGGAGUGACCUAAACCUUAUCUAUCUGAGCUCCAGAGCAGCAGGAUAUAAACCAGUCCUCAAAGUCACCAUGACACAGUCAUCAAUACCUUUCAACCUGAUGAAGGUUCACCUAAUGGUGGCGGUAGUGGGUCGCCUCUUCCAGAAGUGGUUCCCUGCCCAACCAAAUCUGUCGUACACCUUUAUCUGGGACAAGACGGAUGCCUAUGGCCAGCGCGUCUAUGGACUAUCUGAGGCAGUUGUGUCUGUGGGCUUUGAAUAUGAGUCCUGCCUGGACCUCAUCCUGUGGGAGAAAAGAACAGCCACUUUACAAGGCUACGAGUUGGAUGCUUCCAGCAUGGGAGGGUGGAUGCUGGACAAACAUCACAUUCUGGAUGUACAAAAUGGUAUAUUGUACAGAGGUAACGGUGAGAACAUUUUCAUCUCCCAGCAGCCUCCUGUCAUCAGCAGCAUCAUGGGAAAUGGGCGUCGCCGCAGCAUCUCCUGCCCCAGCUGCAAUGGGCAGGCAGAGGGAAACAAGCUCCUGGCACCACUUGCUCUGGCCUGUGGGGCAGAUGGCAGUAUCUUUGUUGGAGACUUCAACUACAUCAGGAGGAUUUUCCCCUCUGGGAAUGUUACCAGUGUCAUGGAGCUUAGAAAUAAAGAUUUCAGACAUAGCAACAACCCUGCUCACCGUUACUAUUUAGCAACCGACCCAGUCACAGGGCAGUUGUAUGCAUCGGACACCAACUCACGACGAAUCUACCGACCCAAGAUGCUUAGUGGUGCCCGUGACCUCAUCAGUAAUGGUGAAGUAGUUGCUGGUACAGGUGAACAGUGUCCUCCGUUUGAUGAAGCACGCUGUGGAGAUGGAAGAAAAGCUACAGAGGCACAGCUACUGGGACCAAAAGCAUAUGAAGUGAAGGUUUCUCUGCCUCCCAUCUUUCAUCUCUACACCCAGGUUCGUUUAGAAUGGCCCACAGAUCUAGCCAUCAAUCCCAUGGAUAACUCCAUCUAUGUCUUGGACAACAACGUUGUGCUGCAGAUCACUGAAAAUAGACAGGUUCAUAUCGUGGCAGGCCGUCCCAUGCACUGCCAGGUGCCCGGUAUAGAAUACACUAUGGGGAAGAGAGCCGUCCAGACCAUGCUAGAGGGAGCUACAGCCAUAACCUUGUCUUACAGCGGUGUCCUCUACAUUGCAGAGACUGAUGAGAAGAAAAUUCACCGCAUUCGACAGGUGUCGACUGAUGGAGAAAUUACCCAUCUCGCUGGAGCGCCAUCUGACUGUGACUGCAAGAAUGAUGCAAACUGUGACUGCUACCAGACUGGAGAUGGCUAUGCUAAAGACGCCAGGUUUAAUUGCCCUUCCUCUUUGGUGGUGUCUCCAGAUGGGACACUGUAUGUCGCUGAUCUGGGAAACAUCCGCAUUCGAGCCAUUCGGCGAAACCAGCCGCCCACUGGCUCUCUGGCUUCAGGUCCCAGCUUUUAUGAAGUGGCUUCUCCAGCCUCUCAAGAGCUAUAUGUGUUCGAUGUGAAUGGGACUCAUCAAUUCACCAUGUCUCUGGUCACUGGAGACUACAAAUACAACUUUAGCUACAGCAACGACGAGGAUGUGACUGCAGUGACAGACAGCAGUGGGAACACCCUCCGCAUCCGUAGAGAUACCAACAGGAUGCCUGUACGUGUGGUUGCCCCUGACAAUCAGGUUAUCUGGCUAACCAUCGGAACUAACGGAGGUCUAAAGACUCUUACGGCUCAGGGUCAGGAACUGGUCUUGUUUAGUUACCAUGGCAGCAGUGGCUUGCUGGCUACCAAGAGCAUCCAGAUAGGCUGGACUACCUUCUAUGACUAUGACAGCGAGGGUCGUCUGACUAAUGUUACCUUCCCUACCGGUGUGGUGACCAAUCUGCACGGCGACAUGUCGUCAGGAGCUGUUGCUGUGGACAUUGAGACGUCUGGGAGAGAUGAGGAUGUUUCUAUAACAACCAAUCUAUCAUCAAUUGACUCCUUCUACACUCUAGUGCAGGGUAAGUGUUGGCAUUCUUUUUCAUUUCCCUCCCUAGGUGCUGCUAACCCAACUGUAGCCCGACGCAACAUGACACUUCCGGGAGAGAAUGGCCAAAACCUGGUGGAGUGGAGGUUCAGGAAGGAACAGACACGAGGAAAAGUCAUUGUCUUUGGGAGAAAGCUUAGGGUGAAUGGUAGGAACUUGCUGUCUGUGGAUUAUGAUCGUACACUGCGAACAGAGAAAAUUUAUGAUGACCACAGGAAGUUCCUGCUGAAGAUCAUCUAUGACACCCAAGGCCAUCCCACCCUCUGGGUUCCCAGCAGCAAGCUACUAUCAGUCAACUUGACUUACUCCAGUACGGGGCAGUUGACAGGCCUCCAGAGAGGUCCAACCACUGAGAGGUGGGAGUACGACAGUCAGGGAAGAAUCAUUUCCCGAGUCUUUGCUGAUGGAAAGACAUGGAGCUACACUUACCUGGACAAGUCCAUGGUCUUGCUGCUGCACAGCCAGCACCAGUACAUCUUUGACUAUGACUCAGGAGACCAUCUGUCAGCAGUCACCAUGCCCAGCGUGGCUCGACACACCAUGCAGACCAUCAGAUCCAUAGGAUACUACAGGAACAUCUACACCCCCCCAGAGAGCAAUGCUUCUGUCACUGUAGACUACUCUGAAGAUGGACAGCUCCUCAGAGUUGCCCAUCUGGGAACUGGUCGCCAAAUUCUGUACAAAUAUCGCAGACAGAACAAGCUGGCAGAGAUCCUCUAUGACUCAACACGGGUCAGUUUCACUUACGAUGAGACCGCUGGUGUGCUUAAAACCGUCAACCUGCAGAGUGAAGGCUUCAUCUGCUCCAUCCGGUACCGUCAGAUUGGCCCACUGGUCGACCGGCAAAUAUUCCGCUUCAGCGAGGAUGGGAUGGUGAACGCCCGCUUUGACUACACCUACGACAACAGCUUCAGGGUUACCAGCAUGCAGGCUGUAAUAAAUGAGACGCCACUGCCCAUUGACCUCUAUCAAUUCGAUGAUAUAUCUGGAAAGGUGGAGCAGUUUGGGAAGUUUGGAGUCAUCUAUUAUGAUAUCAAUCAGAUCAUCUCCACAGCAGUGAUGACCUACACCAAACACUUUGACCAGCAUGGCCGAAUCAAGGAGAUCCAAUAUGAGAUUUUCAGGUCUCUGAUGUACUGGAUCACCAUUCAGUACGACAACAUGGGCCGUGUCACCAAACGCGAGAUAAAGAUUGGACCUUUUGCAAAUACAACCAAAUAUGGUUACGAGUAUGACGUUGAUGGACAGCUGCAGACAGUCUCCCUCAAUGAGAAGAUGAUGUGGAGGUAUAACUAUGAUUUGAAUGGGAACCUGCAUUUGCUGAACCCUGGGAACAGUGGUCGAUUAACUCCUCUACGCUACGAUUUAAGGGACAGAAUCACGCGUCUUGGAGAUGUUCAGUACAGGCUGGAUGAAGAUGGUUUCCUGAGGCAGAGAGGAGCUGAGAUAUUUGAAUACAACUCUAAAGGUCUUCUAGUUCGGGUCUACAGUAAAGCAGCCAGCUGGUCCAUCCAGUACCGUUAUGAUGGUCUGGGUCGGCGUGUGGCAUCUAGAAACAAUCUGGGUCAACAUCUGCAAUUUUUCUAUGCUGACCUGAACUACCCAACCAGGAUAACCCAUGUCUAUAACCACUCCAGCUCCGAGAUCACAUCCUUUUACUAUGAUCUGCAGGGCCAUGUCUUUGCUAUGGAGAUCAGCAGUGGAGAGGAGUUUUAUAUAGCAUGUGAUAACACUGGAACACCAUUGGCUGUCUUCAGCAACAAUGGACUAUUGCUGAAACAGGUGCAGUACACAGCAUAUGGUGAGGUUUACUUUGAUUCCAACCCAGACUUUGUGCUGGUAAUUGGUUUCCAUGGAGGCCUUUAUGAUUCACUGACACGACUUCUGCAUUUUGGAGACAGAGACUAUGAUAUCCCCGCUGGGAGGUGGACGACUCCUGACAUAAGCACAUGGACACGUGUUGGUGAAGACCCCCAGCCCUUCAACCUUUACAUGUUCCGAGGCAACAACCCAAUCAGCAAGAUCCACCAGGUCAAAGAAUAUGUCACAGAUGUCAAUAUCUGGUUGGUUACAUUUGGCUUUCAUCUUCACAACGCAAUACCAGGAUUCCCUAUUCCUAAGUUUGACCUGACACAGCCAUCACUGGAGAUGAAAAAGAGUCAGCUGUGGGAUGACCUACCCUCUAUCUCAGGUGUCCAGCAGGAGGUGACUCGUCAGUCUCAGGCCUUCCUGUCAUUUGAGCGCAUGCCAGAAGUUCAGCUCAGCCGGCGGCAUUCAAAUCAUGCCAAACCCUGGCUGUGGUUUGCUACCGUCAAGUCUCUUAUUGGCAAGGGAGUGAUGCUAGCUGUGAUCCAAGGCCGUGUGGUGACUAACGCUUUAAACAUUGCAAAUGAAGACUGCAUCAAAGUGGCUGCAGUCUUAAAUAAUGCCUUUUACCUUGAAGACCUACAUUUUACAGCAGAGGGACGAGACACACACUACUUCAUCAAGACCAGCCUACCAGAGAAUGACCUCAGUGCACUGCGGCUCACCUCAGGCAGGAAGUCAUUGGAAAAUGGUGUGAAUGUCACAGUGUCCCAGUCUACAACAGUGAUGAAUGGGAGAACGCGACGCUUUGCCGAUGUGGAGCUGCAGUAUGGCGCUCUGGCUCUCCAUGUACGUUAUGGGACAACAUUGGAUGAAGAAAAAGCACGAAUCCUGGAGCAUGCAAGACAGAGGGCACUGUCGAGUGCCUGGGCCCGCGAACAGCAGCGAGUAAGAGAUGGUGAGGAAGGAGUUCGGAUGUGGACUGAGGGAGAGAAAAGGCAACUGCUGAGCAGUGGCAAGGUUUUGGGUUAUGAUGGCUACUACGUCUUGUCCAUAGAGCAGUACCCCGAGCUAGCCGACAGCGCUAACAAUAUGCAGUUCCUACGCCAGAGUGAGAUAGGCAGGAGGUAACACAGCAUCAACAAAUGUCAGAAAAUGAUUACGCCUGUGACUGUCAAAGACUAACUAAAGUUUAGUUUUCACAGAAAAUGGAUGUCAACGAAUGAACUGCCUUGAGACUCAAAAAUUGCCACUGAAGAGAUCCCAUGUUUGAAAAGGUAUUUUGUACUGGGAAAGGUCAGGUAGAGUAUCAAUAAGAAUAGAAACAAUCACUUCAACGCAGCGGACAUGAAAUGUUAUGGAACAACAAUUAUGAGGAUUCAAAACUGUUUUCACGAGUCUGCAAAAGGUCAAAAGAAACUUCUUUUGAGCAAUGCAUUUUCUCUCUUUUUUUCCUGUCUUCUUUUUCUGUCUUUCUUACACCUUGCCAUCUGCCUUUAAACAGUCUACAUGCAUGCCCCUCUCCCUCCUUCUGUCCGGCAGAGCUAUCAUGAGUGUCGUCAUGCGUUAUCUAGCUGUGAAACAGUGGGAUGUCAACUCUUUCAAACAGCCAAGUGAGCAUUUCAGCAGCCAUCGCAUCUAGAUGAGCUUACAAGCAUUUUGACAGCUAUAAACUGUCAGAGCUGUCAGCACAACAAAUGUGUGUGGAUCACUCACCGAUGUUACAGGUAUCAUAUAUGUGUGGGACCAGAUGUGUCACUUGGGGUUAUAGACCUCUGUAAGCCAUGUCUGUAGGAUCUAUUGUUUCCAAUUGCUGCAGCCAUUGAAUGGAACUGUUGUGGACUUUCUCUGAGAGACAGGCACAAAAAAGGACUACGAUUUGUUUGAAGGUGACGAAGACUGAUUUUUUUUUUGUUUUAUAUAUAAAAUUGCAUUUGCUUCAACUAAAAUGGGGAUUUUAAUCAUCAAAAACUGUUUACAUACUAUUACCUAUACCACUAUUACUGUUAUUACUACAUCACCACCAUCCGGAUGGACCAUGAAUUGAGCUAAACAAAACCAGAAAACUUUUGUGCUUUUGUUUGUUUCAUAUAUCUAUUAUCUGUUUGAUCAGUUGUAAAAUCACUCCUGUGAUUUUACAAAUUCUACAGCUUCAGACAACAGCACUAACUGAGGAAGCAGGGCAACAAUAUUGCCACAGCUGUUUCUGAUUCUAUGUGGAUGUACACUUUGUGGACCGGGUGGGUUCUUUGGUCCUAUUAAACACUGCUCCACUGUCAGACCUGGAAUCCUUCACUUCUGUAAAAUGUGACUCUGACUCAUAAUGCAUAGACUUUGUGCUUAUAUUGGUCAAAGGUAGUAGUAUUGCUUGCAAUAGAAACAUGUUGUUAUGGCUUUGGGGGGGCAGGUUUACCGUGAGUGGUAACUAAUUGUUGCUUCUCUCUUUGUUUUUGCUUCUCCUUAAAGGGACAGUGCAUCACCAUCAGUGACAUUAAUGAGUAACAGUAAUAGAUCAAUCAAUCGAAGUGGAUGUUUUCUCAUCAAUCAUGGAUCUGUUUACUCAUGUAGAAGAGUUUUCUUUGUGUCUGUGUUUACAACAGUGGGAGGGCAUCUUUCAUCUUUUUAAAAAGACAGAAUGAGAGUAUGAAGACAAGUUGACAAUGUUUUAUUGGAUCAUCCUUUUUUAUUUUGAAGGUUGGGAGAUUCCACUUAUCCGUACCAUCAAUAUUAGUCUCAGAGAAAAUAAUUUAUGUACAGUGUUUUUACGGAAAAAAAUAAAAAUAUUUGAAACCA